AUGGCCACCCUGUUGGAUCUUCCAACAGAGAUACUGGUCCAGAUCACUCAGCAUGCUAGUUUCAAUGGUGACCUGCCGCGCUUCAGACAGGUCAACUCUCGAUUGAACGAUAUAUCGAAGAGGCAGUCUCAACGCUUUCUUGAGGACUUGUGUAAAAGAUAUGACCUAAGUGCUCGGGUCGUGGAUCUCUACUUUACACGGAGGUUGGGGACGGCUUCCAUGGAAUCUAGUGAACCAAGACUGGUCGAUGUAAUAGCGCUUGACCACUUUCUGCGUGGCGUAGAAAUCGUUGCAGCAGACGUCGAUAAAGCAUUGCAGUCGAGACAAGCUGCACAUGGAGCACGCCCGUACCGCAUCAGUCGAGAGUCGUUUCUGCUGUUUGCGGUACUUAGUCAGUUGUUGAGCCUCUCGAAGACAGUGCUCUCCAUGACUGGGACAGUCCUGGCACCAUGCCACAGCGGGGAGACCUUUGCCCCGAAAGUGCCGAGCGAUGAGUUCGCUCGCUUCCUUCAGUCUGAGCUGGCGCUGUUGGACCUAGAAUCAAUUAUCGUGGCAAUCAACGUCUGCGCGACGAGGCUCUGGAGUACAAUAUUCUUGUUCAGACCGACCGAUAUGAUGGUGACGAGCUUCGGCAGCCUCAGUGGAUAUUCAUUCAACACGCAUCAGGCCAUCCUGGCCGAGCAUACGAUCUGGAAAGGUCCGAAAUGGGUUUCACAGACUCUGGAAAGGUGUAAUGAGUCCACUGGAGACCCAAGUCACCACAAGGAGACCCAGGACCCACUCAUCAAUCGAGGGAUCUGGAACGGCUCUCACGAGAACGGGGCUCUGCUUGCAGCGAAUGGAAUGGUGCGAAUGCUGUGGAAAGAGCGACAGGAUAAGAUCGAG